AUGGCACAGGAAGCAAAGCCAUCCCAUCACCGAUGGCAGAGGGUUUUCAAAAGAAAAGAGCUACAAAAUGAAGGGUCAUCUGGCCCGGCUGAGGAGGAGAAGUCGUCCCGGUUAACGUGGAACAUGGGAAUGCUGAACGACAGGGAAACCAUCGAGGUACCAGGAUCUGUCUUAUUGCUUGCCCAGGGCCGCAACGAGCCGCUUGGCCUUCGAAAUGCCCCAGCUAGGACUUCUCACUCAUCACUACCAACAGGCGUGCCCGAACCACCACCUCCUGCAGUUGAGGACAAGAAAACUACCAAGGAUGGUCAAAUCAUCCUCGAGCCACAGCCCGAUGACUCUCACAAUGAUCCAUUAAAUUGGGCUACUUGGCGCAGAGAUUCGGCGUUGCUUUCUCUUGGGCUCUACUGCAUGAUCGGAGGCGGUAUCACCCCCCUUAUGGCAGCGGGCUUCACUAACGUCGCACAUGAUCUUGAUGUCGAGACUUCCAAAGUAUCGCUUACGACAGGUCUUUACAUGCUGGGCCUUGGCCUCGGCUCUGUUAUAUUCUCUCCGACAGCCAUUCUCUACGGAAAACGCCCAGUAUACCUCUUUGGUGCCAUCAUAUGGAUUCUGUCAGCAGUUUGGUGCGCACUUUCACCCAGUUUCGUAUCCCUUAUCCUCGCUCGAAUCUUCCAGGGUAUCGCAGUCAGCCCUGUGGAGUGCUUGCCCUCUGCUACGAUAGCCGAGAUCUUCUUCUUGCACGAAAGAGCCUACAGAAUCGGCAUCUAUACUCUAUUACUUCUCGGAGGAAAGAACUUGGUUCCCCUGGUCAGCGCUGCGAUUAUUCAGAGCAUGGGAUGGCGCUGGGUUUUCUGGAUCGUGGCAAUUGUCGUCGCAUUUUCCGGAACUCUUCUGUUCUUCCUGACUCCCGAAACUUUCUGGGACAGGACUCCUGUUCCCAGGGUUCGGAGACCUACUAAGCGGCCGAGCUUUUUCAGCCGACGGUCGUCACGAAAUGUGGUUGCACAACUUACACAGCACGAAGGUGAUCCUCCUGUAGGCGGCGAACCAGCUCAAGCGAAAUCUGGUCAUGAAGUAAACGAAGACCUUGUCUCAUCAGCAUCGCACCAGCAUCACCGUCACAAGAACAUGCACGUGGGCUUUGCACCUGUUGCAGGGAAAUCUUCGGGCGCUGGUGGACAAGCUACAGCCCAAGGAUAUGUUCAUGAACCAAGCACCUCUAGUCAAGGAGCAGACUUCCCAGCAGGCGAUCACACAACUAAUUUGGGAACGAAUACCACCGCCCGAGGUGGCACACCUUCGCAUCCUGACACGUCGGUAUUACCUGUUGAGCCCGACUCUAAUGCUCAAGCGUCCGACAGCAUAGCUGUGUCAUCUAUAGCACCGAAUUCAGCAAAUGCUGCUUCUCAUACCCACGAGCGAAGGAGCUUCAACUCAUCACGUCACGAAAGAUUUCCUCCUGACAUCUCUCGUGUAGAAGCUGGAACCACUAGUCCCGACACAGAAAGCGAAAAAUACUCAUUGCACCAAGUCACAACAAGAGGUCAAGCAUAUACGCAUGCUUUACGCCAAGCGCCGGCAAAAUCGUUCAGACAACAGCUUCAAAUCUAUCAUGGUCGCCUAAAUAAUGAUAAGUGGUGGAAGGUCGCACUUCGUCCGUUCGUCUUGUUUGCCUACCCGGCGGUGCUAUGGUCUUCAGCGAUAUAUGCGUGCUCCAUUGGCUGGCUCAUUGUGAUAUCCGAAUCCGUCGCCGUCAUCUACCGCGAGGGCUCGUACAAGUUCGGCGCUCUGGCCACUGGUCUUGUCUAUAUUUCGCCUUUCCUCGGCGGCAUUUUAGGCACGGCGGUGGCAGGUCGGGUCAGUGAUGUGAUUGUCAAGGCCAUGGCCCGUCGCAAUGGCGGUCUCUACGAGCCCGAGUUCCGUCUCGUAAUGGCAGCGCCUAUCGCCGUCACCACGGUUAUUGGCUUGAUGGGGUUUGGGUGGUCUGCGGAUGCGAACGAUCACUGGAUCGUGCCAACACUGUUUUUUGGUGUUGUGUCGUUCGGAUGCUCACUUGGAUCUACCACGUCCAUCACAUUCUGCGUUGAUAGCUACCGCCAGUAUGCUGGUGAGGCACUGGUGACGCUGAAUUUUAGCAAGAACGUCUUGCACGGACUUGUGUUCAGUUUGUUCGUGACUGGAUGGCUUGAACACGACGGGCCAAAGUCGGUGUAUAUUUGGCUCGGAGUCAUUCAGCUUAUUUUGGUUCUCACUACCAUCCCCAUGUACAUCUAUGGAAAGCGAGCGAGGAUGUGGACGGUGAGGAAGAAUUUGAUGGAGAAGUUCUAG